CAGACACACACAAACACACACACUUCAGACUCACAGAGCCACAGCUUCAUCACUCACAAACAACCCGAACAGCAUUCAGACACUGGUGUGCGCUGCUGCUGAACAUUCUUUUUUCUGAAGUUUGUCUGAAGUUCUUCAGAAAGUCUUUUACAACAGAAAAUGAACUUAGAGACAAAGUGAACUGAUUCACAGAGAGAAAGUUCAAAGCAUUCUCAGGUUUACUGAACCAGAGUCUCAGUGUCAGCUGAUUGGACGAUGCCGACUACAGGUCUCCAGGUCCUCGGUGUGGUGGUGUCCAUCGCCGGGUGGGUUGGCGGGGCCUUGGUGUGCGCCACCCCAUUUUGGCGCGUGUCGGCUUUUGUCGGAGAUGAGCUUGUGGUAUCUGAAGUCCUAUGGGAGGGGCUGUGGAUGUCCUGUCUAUCACAGCUAGGAAGGAUCCAGUGUAAAGUGUAUGACUCCGCCCUCGCACUUCCAGGCUCCACCCAGUUUUGCCGUGUGAUGGUUAUUCUGUCUGUCCUCUUCGGAUUACUGGCUUUACCUCUGAGUGUGAUUGGGAUGAAGUGCACGCAUUGUCUCGAGGGCGCGCGUGACACUAAGUCUCGCCUGGUGCGUAUAUCCGGUAUCAUCUUUAUGGCGGCUGGCGUGGCUUUCUUAAUGCCGGUGCUCUGGACCACCUUCGUUGUGAUUCGGAACUUUUACGACCCGAACGUUGCACCACCACUCAAACGUGAACUUGGCCCCGCCCUGUACCUUGGAGGGGGCGUGGCCUUUAUGAUGUUGGCUGGAGGGUUUAUGCUGUACCAAGGAGGCUCCGCCACCACUGGUGUUCCAACCAAGCCUAGUUUAGGCAAAGGGGCGGGACCAUCCAAGGACAAUCCUGCAGAGGGGAAACAGGACAAGGCUUAUGUUUGAGCAAGACCAAGAUUUAGUCAGAAUGUUCAAGUGGCCAAAAAAUAAUGCAGAAACAUGCAAGAGAAAAUAUCAGGGCUUCAAACCUGCAAAUUAAAUUUGAUUUUAAUCUUAAUCUAAUUAUAAUCAUUUCAUUUGUUUUUAAUCGACUGAUAGUUUAAAGUGUGUUUUUGGUCAUUAUAGUCGUUUUAAACAGAAUGACAAUUAAUAAAUAAUACAGAGCUUUGUUAGAAAAAAAAACAACAAUCUUUUCCUCUGUCUGAUUUUCUACUCUACAUUUGACAACGUCAUUAAUUUUAUUUAUAAAUGUGUUUUUUAGGAGUUUGUUGUUUCUUUAUGAUGUGGUUUUAUUUCUGAUUAUUGUAUCUGUGUAAACACUGAAAGGAAAUUCUUUAUAAACAUAAACAAUAAAAUGAAGUCACUGAAAAAUCA